AUGGCAUAUGAUCGGUACAUAGCCAUCUGCAACCCUUUGUUGUACCCGGUCAUCAUGUCCCAGCGGGUUUGUGUGCAGCUGGUGGCAGGGCCUUAUGCCAUGGGCAUUCUAAAUGCCAUUACUCAAGAGACUUCUACUUUUUGCUUACCUUUCUGUGGUCCAAAUGUGGUCAACCACUUUUUCUGUGACAUUCUCCCUGUUCUCUCCCUGGCAUGUGCUGACACCCAGAACAAUAGGUUGGUGCUUUUCAUCAUGGCUGGAGCUAUUGUGUUCUUCAGUGGCAUGAUCAUCACCAUCUCCUAUGUGUGCAUCCUGGUGGCCAUCCUGAAGAUCCAGACUGCUGACGGGAGGCAGAAAGCUUUCUCCACAUGUUCUUCUCACCUGACAGCCAUCUGCAUCCUGUAUGGGACUCUUUUCUAUAUCUAUGUUCUUCCUGAGUCAGGUUCCUCCCUAGAUAUCAAUAAAGUGAUUUCUCUAUUUUAUACUGUGGUCAUCCCCAUGCUGAACCCCCUCAUCUACAGUGUGAGGAACAAGGAGGUAAAAAGUGCAUUCAGGAGCAAGUUUGAAAGAAAAAUGCAGUAA